AUGCCUCCUACCCGAGCAGCCUCGAGCAGUUCCAGCCCCGAACCCGCUGCGAAACGUCGCAAGCGUUCAUCGCCAUCAGCAUCGCCCUUGCAGGACAUUGCGGACGCUGGCGACCGCUUCGGGGAUGAGUAUGGCGCCAAGUGGGCAGAGUGGCCUGCACCGAGAUCGCAGAUGACAGCGGCUAGCGAAUUCAUACGCGACAUAGUGAAGCAUAAGCGAUCUGUGUUGCUCGUCCCGGAUAAGGAUGCCGACGGACUAUCAGCUGGGACUAUACUGUAUCAAAGCCUCGUGCACCUCGGUCUGCCAACGGAUCGAAUACAGGUGCAUCAUCUCUCAAAGGGGACCAACGUACAUUCCCAGAAGGAAGCGGAGCGGAUCGAGGCGUACAACACAGACAAGAUCGUCGUGCUGGAUCAAGGAAGCCGGCCGGGAGAGCCAAUAGCACCUGCAAGAGAUGAAACGCCUCGCGUUCUCAUCAUUGACCAUCAUCAAUCAGCCGAGUGGCCUGACCAGUCUCUGGUGCUCACUGCGUGCAAUACACCGCCAAUAGCGACUGCCGCAUUGCUGACGUAUUCCCUGGUACGGGAUCUACAUCCGAGAAUCAGGCCAGAGGAAGGCUGGCGAGCGCUUGUUGGCGUCUUUGGAGAUCUCGGACCAAGUGAAGCCAAAUGGGGAAAGGCGCCCUGGCCAGCAGAGCUUGGGGACAUGCUCAAGAGUGUUGCUGACAAAUCCAGCGUUGGCUCAAAGAACGUCUCAGACGCCGUAGCAGCCGUCAACGCGCCUCGCAGAACCGCAGACUAUAAUGUGCCAAGAGCAUGGGAUAUCAUGCUGCAAGCGAAAGGACCGAAAGAUAUCGCCAAUCACGCCUACCUCAAGCUGUGCAAGAUAGACGUCAAGGAUGAGACUGAGAAAUGGGCCCGGACAGCACCGAAGUUCUCCCUGGAUGGACGAGUAGCGGUGGUCACGAUUGAUUCUGCCUUUCAAAUACAUCCUGUUAUCGCUACGCGAUGGGCUGGGAACCUGGGGCGAAAGAGCAAAAAGCUCAUCAUGGUCAUGUGCGCCAAUAUGGGCUAUAAUCCCGAUCCCGCCAAGGUGUCCUUCUCUUGUCGGAUAGCAGCGAGUCUGCGUGACCUGCCGGACGAGGAAAGACCCAAUCUCAUCGCCCUUCUCAAGGAGUAUGGGGACAUGAUACCAGGGUUCCGCGAGCGGGUGGGGGAGGACUUUGCCCGAGGACAUAAGGAGGCCACUGGAGGGAUCAUUCAGAAGGUGAGCUCACCAUUUUGUUUUUGUCUCUAA